CUAACCCUAACCCUAACCCUAACCCUAACCGUAACCCUAACCCUAACCCUGAACCCUAACCCUGACCCUGACCCUAACCCUAACACCCCGAAACCCUAACCCUAACACCCCGAAACCUGAACCCUAACACCGCGAAACCCUAACCUUAACACCCCGAAAAGGCGAAACGGCGGCGCCGAAUAGUACCAUUCCGAAAUAUUAGAACACUUCGUGAGAUGUGCAUCUCAGAGAGACCUGGCAGUACAGGUGCAUGGUUCCAUAAAGUGGCGAGUUAGGUAGCCUAGGUAAUGAUCACGUCGGUUGGCGGCCUUGCUCCAUUGGGAAGGGCAUCGAAUUGUUGGGACAUUAUGUUACUGCUGUAUUCCCAUUGAAAGAAGAUGGGAAGACAAGGGACAAAUGCAGUGGUGUGAGAUCGAACCGUUGUUGACGUGUGAAUUAACUUCUCUCUAAACAGUAAACGUGGCUUUGGGGGCAACGGCAACGCAAUCCAGCACGAAUAGCAAAGGAAUUGCUGUCAGAGCCAUUGACGGCAACAAUAACUUGUACUGGCAAAUGCAAUCGUGUACCCACACAAAUACAACUGCUAACCCCUGGUGGAGGGUCGAUCUGGGCAGAACAUUUGUCAUAGCUGCAGUAAGAAUCAGCAACAGGUUGGACUGCUGCCGGGAAAGGAUCCUGGGAGCAGAGGUCCGCAUUGGGAUCUCGCUGGAGGAUGACGGGAAUUCUAACAGGCUCUGUGGAACAGUUCAGUCCGUGAAAGAUAUGUACACUUUCAUGUGCGAUGGGUUCAUGGGUCGAUAUGUGAACAUCAGGAUCCCAGGAACUGGCAAAAUCCUGACUUUGUGUGAGGUUGAGGUGUUAGGAAUGAGGAUGCCGGACAUGGAUAAAGCAGGUAAGUGUUCAGAGUGUUUCGUUGUCAUGUAUACCGAAAACAGAACAAUCAAAUCUAAUUUACAGCCCUGUGGAAGUGUUGCCUGUGAGUUAGCUCUUGUCGAUGAGUGCAAUAUCUUUGGUCCUACAGUGAAUCUGGCUGCGCUGGGAGAUGCGACGCAGUCCAGCGACAUGGAAGAUGCGUCUGCCGACCGAGCCAUUGACAACAACAAAAACACGAAUGCAUUGAGUGGCGCCUCUUGCACAGAAACAACUCGGUCCGACAGCCCAUGGUGGAGAUUGAAUCUCAGGGAGAUCUAUGCUGUGUCGGUGAUAAAAAUCACCAACAGGAUGGACUGCUGCUCAGAACGGCUCAAAGGAGCUGAGAUCCGCAUCGGCAACUCGUUGCAUAACAACGGGAAUUCAAACAGCUUACAACGUGUCAAAGGAGAUGAAAGUCCCAGAGGUACAAGAAACUGCAGGUGCUGGAAUCUUGAGCAAAACACAAAUGACCGGAGUCAGGAAACAUCUGUGCAGGAAAUGGACAGGCAAUGUUUUCAGUCGGGUGUAAUUUCAGACUAUGGUUCUGACAUCGUUAACUUGAUCUCUUCCAGAUGUGGGAUUGUGAACACUUCUCAACAGACAAUCUACGUCGCCUGUCAAGGAAUGAGCGGCCAGUAUGUGAACAUUAUCAUCCCCGGAUCUCAGUUAAUCCUGACCUUAUGUGAGGUGGAGGUCUUUAGCAUAUGCGUAAUGGAGAGUCUAAUUAACUAAACGGUCUUUCACUAGUAUGCUUUUCCUGGGACUGAUCCAAAUGUAGCUGCAAUGUGGCCCGUCCCUCUGUCUUCACAGAUGCUGUUUAAAUUGUUGUUCCAAUAAUAUUUAAUGUAUUUCGCUCCAAAUCUGGCUGGCAACAAUAUGUGGUGUCUCCGUGUGGAAAGAGAUCAUUCUAUUGUAACGAGAACCGGAAAUGUCAUAUUAGUGUAGUAGUAAAUAAAGAAUGAACAUCAAUGUGGUCGCAGAUCGUGAUGUGGUCUCAGGUCGGGUACAAACAAUCAAUAUCAAUGAUUCAACGAUUCCUUGUUGUCACAUGUACCUAACUACAGUGAAAUAAUUUGCUUUGCAUGCAACCGGUGACGUCAUGUCGCAGACCUCACCUGGACAAUACAUCAGUGUCGCUACGCUUUGACGCUGUCAACGUCACACAAGUUUAAAUAACAUGCCAAACAUACCGCACAUGGCAGCAGUCCGUCCCCCCACAUACACACACACACACACACACACACACACACACACACACACACACACGCGCACGCACACACACACAGACACACACACACACACACACACAACCAUUCUGGGUCCCCCAUCGUUGUCGGCGGUCCGACAACCUGCCCUGGUUGGGAUUUACGAGUCGUCGUUAAAUACAGGGGAGGUGCCGGAAGACUGGAGGGUGACAAAUGUUGUGCCUCUAUUCAAGAAGGUCUGCAGAGAAAUUGCUGGGAUCGAUUUCAUGUGUAAUUGAAAAUGUACAUGAUAUUAUUCUGAGGGACAGUAUAUACAGGCAUUUAGACGAACAAGGGCAUGGUUUUGUACGCGAGAGGUUGUGCCUCACAAAUCUGUUUUUUCAAGCCGUGACCAAAAGGUUCGAUGAGGACAGGGCUGUAGAUGUUGUACAUGUGGAAUUCAGCAAAGCACUCGAUAAGGUUCCGCAUGGGAGGCUGCUCUAGAAGGUUAGAUCGCAUGUGAUCUAAGGAAAGAUAACAAUGGAUUUAAAAAAAAAAUUCAUAAUGGGAGGUAGCAGACGGCGUUGGUGGAAUGUUGCUUGUCAGACUGGAGACCUGUCAAUAGUUGCGUGCCUUAAGGGUUCGGUGCUGAGCCCAUUACUCUGUGUCAUCUAUAUAAAUGAUUUGAACUAGAACAUACAGGAUAGGCUUAGCAAACUUGCAGAUGAUGCAAAAGUGGGUGGUUUUCCAGAUAAUGAGUAUGGUUAUGAAAAAUUGAAACAGGAUCUUCACCGAUUGCCCAGGUGGGCUGAUGAAUGGUUGAUGAAAUUUAAUACAGAGAAAUGUGAGGUGUUGCAUUUUGGGAAGUCUAGCAUGGGCAGGACCCAGACAGUGAAUGGUCGGCCUCAAUGGAUUUGAGGGAGUGAGUUAGAGCAGAGGAUCUCGGAGUGCAGGUGCAUGGUUCCUUGAAGGUGGAGUCGCAGGGUGGUCAAAAAGGCUUUUGGCACAUUGCGCUUCAUCAUUCAGUAUAUUGAGUGUAGAAAUUGGGAGGUCAUGUUGUAGUUGUAUAAGAUGUCGGUGACGCCGCAUUUAGAGUAUUUUGUUCAGUUCUGUGCACCGUGUUAUGGGAAAUAUGUUGUCAAACUGGAAUUGGUGCAGAUAAGAUUUCUGAACAUGUUGCCGAGAAAAGAGGGUCUCGCUUAUAGAGAGAGGUUGAGUAGGAUGCUACUCGAUUCGUUGGAGAACAGGACGAUGAGGUGUGACCUUAUAGAGUAGUAUAAAUCGUUAAAGGAAUAGAUUGGAUGGAUGCACUGAGUCUCUUGCCCAGAAUAGGUGCAUAGAGGACCCGAGAACGUAGAUUUAAGGUGAAAGGGAAAAUAUUUACUAGGAAUCUGAGGGAGAGCUUUUUUCAAACAAAAGGUGAUGGGUGUAAGGAACAAGCUUCGAAAAGGCAUAAUUCAGGAAGGGACUAUCCCAACAUUUAAGAAGCAGUAAGACAGGUACAUGGAUAGGAUGGGUUUGGAGGGAUGUGGAACGAACACGGGCAGGUGCACUGUAGCUGGGACUUGUUGGCCGGUGUCGGCAUGUUGGGCGGAAGGGCCUGUUUCCACACAGUAUCACUCGAUGCCAUUAUGACUAUAUGGGAGAAUUUAAACUGCAUGUUUUGCUGGUCGAAGGAGCCUGCCAACUAUAUCAUGGACAAUGAAUUUUUGACGCACAUAAAGAAAUAUUUUUAGAGCAAUUUCAACAGCAUUUUGCCACAAGCAAUCUUCUGGUGGAACUGGAGGAGGUCGAGCAGCAUCCGCGGUGGGCAUUCGCAGUGGGCAUUCGACCUCUCGUCUGGACUAUGAGGGGAUGUAUAGUGAGAUACAUCAAGGAAUCGGGCCCUUCAGCCCAUUAUCCAGUGCCGGCCAUGGAUCCCCAUCCAAGCUACUCCCCAUUGUCUGUGUGUGGCCCUCUAAAACGUACCUAUUCAUGUACCCGUGCGAGUGUAUGUAGCCAGAAUACAGAGGUUAGGUGGGGCUGGGGUAAGCGCCACCAAUGGAAUGUGUAUCCAGGUGAAGACGUGUUAAUUGGCACAUGGAGACCGGGAAUUAGUAGGUUGGGAUGCGCCAGAGACCCAAUUGCCUUUGAGUUAGACAACACCUCAUGGAGCAUUGUCCAGAAUUCUACAUGCAAUCGUCCAGACAUGUUCAACGAUAUUUUAUAACUUCCGAAAAUGUGUUCAUCUCAGCCUCCUGCUGUUGCAAGAAUGUGAUCUAAGUGGAACAUCAAAUCAAUUGGCUGCUGACGUGACAGCAGCCCUGGGAGAAUGUGACUUGGAAAUAUUUGUAUUCACUCCCGCUUUCAGCCGCUUACACUCUACCCAUCUUGAAACAGUCUGCACCAACAAUCUCUUGUGAGUAUUUUAUAACCAUGAAGAAACUUCAAUCAUCUCAUAGUGUCUCAGUAACCUCAAUGUAUCUUUUCACAUAAUAAACACCCACAAUGUCCGAUCUGGUGGGUAUGCUGUCAACUCAACUUGUACCCAACCGUGCCUGCGCUGCAUUAUGAGUUCAUUCACAUGAAAUGUUACCCUUAUGUCAGAUAUGACCGAGUGAUCCAGACAGAAAUUACAUAAAGACUGUGCUCUUCAUGCUGAAAUCAGUGUCAUAAGCAUGACUAACUUAAGAGUAACUGCUCCAAAGUUCGGGAUACAGUUGACGUCCAUUUGCGUUAAGAAGGUUAUACUGAUUACACAUUCCACACUACUUUGUAACUAGGCUUUAGAGGAUUCAUAUCACAGAUAUCCUCCUUACCCUUUAUCACCAAUGGAUGAGAGCCAAUCGUUUAUUGUCCCACUUCUUGUACUAGAUACGAUCACAAAGUACCACGAACAGUGUUAAUUGCGCUA